GUGAUAAAACUAUAGCAAUAGAUAUUGAGGAAAUCUAUGAAAGUCCCACAGCAAUAGUGUUGAUGAACCUAGGCGGACCUUCAACGUUAGAUGGUGUCCAAGAUUUUUUAACUAGACUAUUUUCAGAUCCUGAUCUUAUCCCAAUCCCAUUCCAACAAUCUGUGGCCCCGAUUAUCGCAAAAAGAAGAACUUCUAGAAUUCAAGAACAAUAUGCGAAAAUUGGCGGUGGGUCGCCUAUAUUAUUUUGGACCCAGAAACAAGGUAGCGCGUUGGAAAAGUUGAUGGAUGAAAUAAGUCCUCUGAGCG